AGUUGGAGGUUGGACUGGUUUACAGGAAGUAGAGUGUCAUUUAGAUGUAUGUGUGUCCUUAGCUUGCUAAAGUACCUACAAUAGCAGGCUGACAAAUGUGUUCCACGUGGAAAUGUGAGCUGACUUGCGCCUAAAGAGGAUUAAUGUAAUUUUAGAAUUCACCCCUUAUUGGAAUUGGUCUAUGUUGCGCGUCGGAAAUAAAGUUGCAUGCUUGGCAUGCAGGUCCCUGAUCUCCACUAACAUGGGGGUGAGGUUCAGAGUGCCGUUGCAGAAGCUGCACCCACUGUCUCGUGCCAUCCACCAACGGUACUCCACUAAUGCUAACCCCCAGCGGCCUCCACAUUGCACAGCGGCACGCCACUUCACCUCCAUGUCCCGGUUACCCAUGCGCCCUCCCAAACCUCCCCCUGGCACUGGUGGCAGCCGCUAUCAGCAGCACCGUAACUUUUGGAUAGCCCGUCUGGCGGCUCGACUGCUUAAGAUCAGAUACAUCCUGCUGGGUUCAGCGGUUGGAGGAGGGUACACCGCUAAAAAGACUUAUGAGGAGUGGAAAGAUAUGUUACCUGAUCUCAGUGAAUACAACUGGGUAAUACCUGAUUUUGUUUGGGAGCUGAGUGAACAAAUUGACUUGGAAAAACUGGCUAAAGCCCUCCCAGAGAUUGAAGAGAUUGUCAAGUUUUUUCCUGACCUGGAUAAGAUAGGAGCGAACUUUACCUUCCUCAAGACCAUCCUGUCCACCGGUGUGAGUGUGGGUAGUGAAGUCAAAGGAGCUUCUGGCCUGCAUCUGUUGUUAGAAACCCCUGGCGAACCCCAACAAAAAACCACAGAGGCCCCUGCCACCACCUUUGCCACACCGGAGAGCUCUGAUAAGCAGUUCAAGAAGGGGCUGCUGGGAGAGCUCAUUAUCAUUCAGCAGCAGAUCCAGCAGCACGAGGACGAGGUUCGGCGGGCUGCCGCCGCUAAUAACGCUCAGCCAGCGCCCCCGCCUGACCCCGCCCCUUGCCCACCACCUCCACCAAGCCUGCCCCCGCGCCACAACCCGUGUGCAAGCCCAGCAACUGUUCUGAACCCCAGCCCCAGCCCCCCUCAGCAGAAACGCAAGUCUUCAGACAGAGAAAAGAUAGACCAGCUCCAAGAGGAACUGGUCCGAACUCAGAUAAAAUACCAACGCAUGCUAGAGAGGCUGGAAAAGGAGAACAAGGAGCUCAGGAAGGUGGUCUUGCAAAAAGAUGACAAGGGCAUUCAUCAAAGGAAACUAAAGAAAUCUCUGAUCGACAUGUACUCUGAGGUUCUAGACAUCCUGUCUGAUUAUGACUCAAACUACAACACGCAGGACCAACUGCCAAGGGUUGUCGUGGUGGGGGACCAGAGUGCAGGAAAGACCAGUGUGUUGGAGAUGAUUGCUCAGGCUAGGAUCUUUCCUCGGGGUUCUGGAGAAAUGAUGACGCGCUCUCCGGUAAAAGUAACUCUAAGUGAGGGCCCUCACCAUGUGGCCAUGUUCAAGGACAGCACCCGAGAGUUUGACCUGGGCAAAGAGGAGGAUCUGGCAGCCCUAAGACAUGAGAUUGAGCUGAGGAUGAGGAAGAGUGUGAAGGAGGGACAGACUGUCAGCCCUGAGACUAUUUCCCUGAGUGUUAAAGGCCCAGGUAUCCAGAGGAUGGUCCUUGUGGAUCUACCGGGAUGCAUCAACACUGUGACCACAGGCAUGGCUGCAGAUACGAAGGAGACUAUCUUCAGCAUCAGCAAGGCCUACAUGGCGAAUCCUAACGCCAUCAUCCUUUGUAUCCAAGACGGGUCAGUAGAUGCCGAGCGCAGCAUUGUGACAGACCUGGUCAGUCAGAUGGAUCCCCAAGGGAAGAGGACCAUUUUUGUUUUGACCAAAGUGGACCUGGCUGAGAAGAACCUGGCCAGCCCCAGCAGAAUUCAACAGAUAGUUGAAGGAAGGCUGUUUCCCAUGAAGGCUCUGGGAUACUUUGCUGUUGUGACAGGGAAAGGCAGCAGCAGUGAGAGCAUUGAUUCUAUCAAAGACUACGAGGAAGACUUUUUCCAGAACUCUAGGCUGCUGAAGGACGGCAUGCUGAAGGCCCACCAGGUGACCACCAAGAACUUGAGUCUGGCUGUUUCUGACUGUUUCUGGAAAAUGGUGCGGGAGUCUGUGGAGCAACAGGCUGAUGCCUUCAAAGCAUCUCGCUUCAACCUGGAGACAGAGUGGAAGAACAACUACCCUCGUCUUAGAGAGCUGGACAGGAAUGAACUCUUUGAAAAAGCCAAAAAUGAAAUAUUGGAUGAAGUCAUCAGCUUGAGCCAAGUGACACCAAAACACUGGGAGGCCAUCCUGCAGAAGAAGCUUUGGGAGCGUGUGUCCACCCACGUCAUAGAGAACAUCUACCUGCCAGCCGCCCAGACCAUGAACUCCGGCACCUUCAACACCACUGUGGAUAUUAAGCUCAAGCAGUGGACAGACAAGCAGCUGCCACACAAAGCACUGGAGGUUGCCUGGGAGACACUGCAAGAGGAGUUUGCACGUUUCAUGUCAGAGUACAAAGGGAAGGACCAGGACGACAUAUUCGACAAACUGAAAGAGGCUGUAAAAGAUGAGAGCAUCAAAAGGCACAAAUGGAAUGAAAGAGCUAUGGACAGCUUGAGGGUGAUCCAGCACAAUGCUCUGGAGGACCGCUCCAUCACGGACAAGCCCCAGUGGGAUGCUGCCAUCCAAUUCAUGGAGGAGACCUUGCAGUCUCGUCUUAAAGACACUGAGUCAGUGAUCAAUGACAUGGUGGGUCCUGACUGGAAGCAGAGGUGGAUGAGCUGGAAGAACCGCACCACAGAACAGCACACUCGUAAUGAAACCAAGAAUGAGCUGGAACGCCUGUUGAAGCUUCACGAAGACCACACUGCCUACCUGGCCAAUGACGAGGUCACCACCGUCCGCAAGAACCUGGAAGGCAGAGGGGUUGAGGUGGACCCUGUCCUGAUCAAGGAUACAUGGCAUCAGUUAUACCGACGCCACUUCCUCCAGAAGGCCCUGUCCCACUGUAAUCUCUGUAAGAGGGGCUUCUACUACUACCAGAGACACUUUGUUGACUCUGAGCUGGAGUGCAAUGAUGUUGUGUUGUUCUGGAGGAUUCAAAGGAUGUUGGGCAUCACGGCCAACACACUCCGCCAGCAGCUCACAAACACCGAGGUGCGCCGUCUGGAGAAGAAUGUGAAGGAGGUCCUGGAGGACUUUGGCGAGGACACAGAGAAGAAGGUCCACCUCAUCACGGGUAGAAGGGUGCAGCUGGCAGAGGACCUCAAAAAAGUUCGUGAGAUUCAGGAGAAACUUGAAGCUUUCAUUGAAGCUCUUCACAAGGAGAAAUAGAACUGCAGAACCCAUGGACGAGAAACUACAAAUCAGAGCUUGAAGAUGCACUGAUCUAACACAACAAAAUCCACCCUUACAUGUAAUUACUGCCCCCCACCCUCUCAUAUGUUAUGUCCACAAACGUCUGAUUUGAAUGCCCAUGGCUUAUCUUACAAACUUAGUUAAUUCUCUUAUCUCGUUAAUUAUUUUUUCAAGCUGUCCAGAAAAAAAUAAACACUGAAUUGAACUGAGUGCAUUGAAGCCCUUGGCCAAGCACUUCAAUGUGACUAGCAUGGCAGGCUCCAAGGGGACAGUCUCUCCCCCAUGUCCCCUUCAGUGCUUAACAUCCCCUUGAUGUGUUCACCAUACUACCAAAAGAUGUUGUAAUUUAAACCCUGGAGGGGAAAACGGACAAAAUUACGUACACUUCUUUCUUUUCCUUCCUCGCUUCUAAUAAAUGAGAAUUAUGCUGUACAGGUUGCUCUUCCCACAUCAUUGUCACUGGUGUGUGUAUGUUGGGAUAUGUGUGCAUGUUUGUUGGUAUGUGUGCAGGUGUGUAGCACAUUUAUAACUUCCUGUGCCCAUAGGAUUCCAUCUCACUGAAUCACCGACAUAUCUGGCACACUUCAGAUCACUUUGAUCAUCUAAUGGCCGCUAGUUUCCAGCACUUAUUUCCUGGUUGCAAAUAGAGCACUUGCCCAAGUCUUUAAUUCCAAAACAAUAUAUAUCCACUUGGAAAAUAGUUCCAAUGAUUUCUCAUUUUUCAAAUUGGUGAUAUAUUCUUUUGGAUGAAAACACAUCACAUAGACUUAAUGUAAGAUUGUUUUUAUUUAGCACCAGUAGAAAUGGUUACUGUGUACUAAUGUAUUGCUCUACAUUAUUUAAACCAUACAGAUUUCACUUCAUUCGUCUACAUGGAUUAAAUACACAACCUCAAAAUUAUGUACAUUUGUACCUAUGAAUCAAUGAAUUCCUGCACUAAGAUUGUAUGUCCUAUUCUGCUGUAGCACAUUCGAUUUGAAAGACGUCUAACAUUGAAAUUAGUGUGAGAGCCUUACUUACUUACUCUUUCCACUAUAGUGUGUUUUUGCCUGCAAUAUCUUGUGUGCUCUCAAGAGUCUGUAUGACAUUUAAUUUCAGGAGGCUUUAGAUCUCUAUACAACCUUCUAUUGAACGAUAAUUGAGUUGCAUUUUGAACCGUUUGAUCAAAUCAUGGGAAAAGACUGGUUUCUCAUGGGCAUAGUGUUUUUCCUGGAAGGAAAGAAAAGGGUUAAACGUGACAUCAGCACACAUUCUCCUUUAUACACAUGGACUUCUCUCCAUCUGGCCUACUUUUUCUCUCCCUCACAUGCUCUCAUUUCCUCUUGCCAAUCGACUCACUUUGAUCAAGUGGUCAGUCAGGUAAAAAUGUUUCCCACUCCUUGUUUAUCAUUCUUUUCUCUGCCCAUCUUCACCCUCUCUUUACACUUUCCCCUAGCUGUUGCUAUGUCUAUUGUCAGUGACAAAAAAAGGUUAGACAUUAACUUUGUCCAUUGUCCACUAGUUUAAUGCCUGUAUGACAGUAUAUCCAUCGGUGGGUGAAACCUAUAUUGCUCUAGAAUGUUAUAAAAUGUUAUGUUUGCAUGAUGUGACACAUCAGAUAUGCUUUAUUUAUUCAUUUUAAUUGUUUGUAAAAGAAAAAAAAUUAUAAAUAAGAUUAAUGUCAUUAAAAUUGUGUUUUUCACGAGUGUU